AGAUUAAUCAGCGAACCAAACUCAACCCAAACAAUUAACAAAUAAAAGAGGGAGGAGAAGAAAUCCCGCGGUGUCCCUUUCUCGAUUUCCCUUCGAUUUUCAGUCAAUUCCUUCUGAAUCUCUUCCGGCGGGAUUGGAUCUGAGUUCAUCUGCAGCCCCAACCUAGACUGGCCAUCAAUCUGGGCGAGAAAUAUCAAUCAUCCACCCACUUCUUUGGUCUCUAACUUUCUAGGGUUUUUGGAUCUGAAAGUUUUAGGGUUUUGUUCCUUUUUGGAGAUCUUUUGGGUCGGGGUUUAUUUUGUUGUUGUUUUUGGAGGAUUUCUGAAAGGGUUUGGUGAGGUGGCAUAUCGAAGGGAAGUCUGAGCUGCCAAUGCCAUUAUUGGUUUGGUUUGUAGAGAAGUUUUCGGUGGUUUUUGAGAUACCGAAAAAAGCUUCAUUUUUAACUAUCGAUGUCUUGGGCAGGCCCUGAAGAUAUCUACCUCUCUACCUCUCUUGCCAGUUAUCUUGACAAGAAACUUCUUGUACUGCUGCGAGAUGGUCGAAAGCUCUUGGGAAUACUUCGUUCUUUUGAUCAAUUUGCCAAUGCUGUCCUUGAGGAAGCAUGUGAGAGAGUUAUUGUUGGUGAGCUUUAUUGUGAUAUUCCUUUGGGCCUAUAUAUAAUCCGUGGAGAGAAUGUUGUUUUAAUUGGUGAGCUGGACUUAGAGAGAGAGGAACUUCCCCCACAUAUGACUCGUGUUUCUGAAGCAGAAAUUAAAAGGGCACAGAAAGCAGAAAGGGAAGCUACAGAUCUUAAAGGUUCCAUGAGGAAAAGAAUGGAAUUCCUUGACCUGGAUUGAUGAGGUUGGCUACUUCGUGGAAAACUUCACAUGUCUGUCCGCAAAUAUUAUAGCGGCUUCUCUCUCAGCACAUUUAGUUUCUCUAUCCCCGUUUUGGCUGUUGGAUAAUGAUAGAUGAUGUUAGAGGGCGUAAUCUUUGGGAAUUAGGAUUCUAAAAGGUCCAACGUUUUUCAAAUUCCUCGUGUGUAAUAUUUGUUCGAAUGAAGGUGAGUAGUAUUUCUCUUCUUUGAUUUAGAAGAUAGAUGAUGUUAGUAAUUCGUAAGCCCAUCACUUUUUGGGGUUUUCACCAAAUACAGCCAAAGAUUGGGAAAA